AUGGGUGGUGCAUGUAGCUUGAAUAGUUUAUAUCCGGUUCAGUCAAAUGCAUUCAACAAACAUCCACAGUACCAUCAUACCGAUACUUGUACUCAGCAAUCGUUCGGUCGAAUUCAUUCGAAUACUUUUGACGCGGAACAUGAUGCGAUGAAAGUGAACCGAAUAGAGACACUGCCAGAUGUGAUAUUAAUAGAGAUAUUCCGAUGGCUACAUCCGAUUGACCGAAUACAUUCGAUAUCGUUGAUAUCAAAACAUCUUCAAAAGUUAUGCUUAUACGUUGUAAAAGAUGAAAAUGGUAAUCCAACAUCGAACGAUAUUGAGGAUAUUCUACCGAAAAUACUGCCAAAACUUGUCUUACUCGAUAUUGGUUACUUUCCAGAGAUGAGUUCAAGCUUACUGAACAAAUUAGAUUCGUGCAUGCCGAAUCUGCAGAAACUGAACAUGGAACAUGCAUUCUCGGUGAGUAGCUAUGAAGUAAUAUUCUGUAAGCGAAGGUUCGUAAAUAUCCGUGAAUUGAUACUUUGUGGAUGGGGUUUGACUGCGCAUAAAAUUGAGACAUUGUUCCAUCUGAAGAAACAGUUGGAGGUGUUGAAUGCUGAUGAGGCAUCGAACACCACUGGAAUGCAUAGU